CAAUCCAGCGCUCCGAUCAGUUUGACAACGACAACAGCAUUGCCAGCGUUGUCGAACGUCGAACAUAACCUGCUGCAUGCUUCGGCCAGUAGCAGUAGUGUAUCACGCCUCGAGUGACAUUGUUCCCUGUGUUUCUGUAAUUGUGUUUCUGAAUAUUAGAUAUGGCUGCUCCCGAGGCGAUACAAGUUAGUUCGUUGCCGUUGCCACCGGUACAGUAUAUUAAUGUGUACACGGACGAAAAUGUUCGUCGAGGGAGAGCACCACGGCCGCCGCCGCCGAUACACGACACUUACUCAAUGUUUGGAAACGUAUUUAACGCGGACGACACAAUUAUCCGACCACUCGAGGCCCAAGGCAUCAAGAGAUUGUAUCCCCAACACUUCGAUCGUCGACGGGAAUUGAAGAAACUUAAUCACUCGUUGCUCGUCAAUUUCCUGGAUCUAAUAGAUCUUCUUGUGCAAUGUCCUGAAAGUCCGAGACGUGCCGAGAAAGUAGAAGAUCUUAGUCUUCUCUUUAUUCAUAUUCACCAUUUGCUAAACGAAUUCAGACCUCACCAAGCUAGAGAAACAUUACGAGUCAUGAUGGAGCUUCAGCGCAGACAACGCAUUGAAACUGCGCUUAGGUUUCAGAAGCAUUUAGAGAAGGUUCAAGAAAUUUUACAACACGCGUUACAAAUGUUACCAGACACGUCAGAAUUAGAUUCCAAGCUAGCAAUAAACACAGAUGCUAUGGAAUCGAUCGAUAACUUAGGAUCUGAACAACAAACAUCGGAUCCGUGCAGUCCGAGCGAUCGUAUUAUGUGUAAAGUAAUCGACGAUAUGAUUUCAUCGAAUGGACUAUUUUAAAGUAUCGAUAGAGAUCUACUUUCUAUGUUAUCUUGUAAAAAAAGACGCUGUAAUUAUAAAUGUAAGAUACACUGUAAUGAUAAUAGUUCUAUAUAAAUAUUGCUAGUUUUAUUUAUUAAACGAUACAAAGUAAAAUCAUUUUUAUGAUUUUCAAGAUAUUAAUAUUACACGUACAGAAGAAACACAAUAUAUUUCUGAUAAAUAAUCUUUAUUCGAUUAGCUAUAUUUGUAUUGAAUCUAAUAAAGUAAUGUUUACAUGUUUGGAACGAUAUAGUAAUUGACAACAUUAUUUUCCAAAAGUUACAGUACAUUAAUAUACACGAGCAUGCUUCCACAUCGCUCCACAAUCGACAAGUAAACGUUACAAACUAUCUGUGUUUAAAUACCGGCUUGCAACAUGUACGAAUUAGUAGAUACUAUAAGAUUGUUCUCACAAACUGAAAAAUGACUUGCAUGUAAAAUUAUUCUCAUAUUAUCGGGCAUAAAAAAUACAACGUGUAUUAUGCAA